AAAGCCUAAACAAUCUCUCCCCAACAAACAUAUAGGGGAAAGAGAUUCUUUCAUUUGCAUCUCACUCCUCUAUCUUUAUUAUCUAUCUCUCUUCAUAGUGGGAGAGAGAGAGAGAGACAAAGCAAUAGUACAAAAUAAGUGGCUUCUCAAUCAAUCCUCAAAACCAAAACAAAACAACAAAGUCUUGUUUGUUUUCAUCUUCACUUCUCAAACAAAAACACGUUUUGCGGAAUCAUUCAUAAGAAGAAGAAAACCAAAGAACAAUCGUGGCAGGGGUAUUCAAGUAAUUUCAACUCCUCUCCUCCAUGUUCCUUUCCACUAACUUGAACGUCAACAACCAAACUCCGUUCUUCUCCGACGGCGCCUCCGCUGCCAAGUUCUCUUUCAUGAGCACGGUGGCCACCUCUCUGACUACGGCGGUGCUCUUCACGACUGUGGCCGGCAUCGCUCUCGUCGCCGUCUUCUUCUAUGGUGCAAGUAGGUAAACACCAAAAAUUCCUCAAAUGAACGAAUCUCAAUCGCAAAAACUCUAGCUCAAUUCUUCACUCUGAUGAAACUGUUUUCGAUUCCGAUUUUGUAAACAAAGUGAAUAUAGCAAGGAGUUACUUAUAGAUGAAUCCUCUUAGAAGAAGUAACAAUUCAUCUUCGUCAUCUUCAAAUAAUUCAUCUCCUUCUUCAUCAUCAUCGAAUUCAUCGUGGAUCCAUUUGCGUUCGGUUUUAUUCGUUGUUACUUCUUCUUCUUCUUCCUCACCAGCUUCCUGUUCAUCCUCUGAUCGAGGUCGUCUUAAAUCACCAUGGUCACGCCGAAAAAGAAAACGUGUCCUUUCUCCUCAACAAUGGAAAAGUUUGUUUGCUCCCGACGGGAGAAUCCGCGAUCGUGGAAUGAAAUUCCUGAAAAGAGUUCGCAGCGGAGGUGUUGAUCCUAGUAUCAGAGCUGAAGUUUGGCCUUUCCUACUUGGAGUAUACGAUUUGGAUACUACCAAAGAAGAAAGAGAUGUUAUAAGAACUCAAAAUAGAAAGAAGUAUGAGAAACUCCGCAGACAAUGCCGGCAACUGCUAAAAUCCAACAGUGGGAGCUUUAAGUUGAUUGAAAUAGGUGAAAUCAACUAUGAAGGAGAUGGUGUGAGUUUUAUUCAAGAUUCUGGUUCUCCUAGUUCUGAAGAUGCAGCAAGUGCCAGAGAAUCCCUUUCCAGUGGGGAACAGAGCCCGGAUUUUGAAUAUUCAGAUGAUCCAUCCGUUUCCCUGUUGGAAGGAGAUGAUGCUCCCAGCAGCAGCAACGCUGAUGCCUCUGCCCUCGAUACAGAUUCCACUGACUCGGAUUCCUCAGAAAGUCCCGAGGUAUUUCAGACAUUUCCUUCUGAUGAUGGUCUGGAAGAGAACAAUGCCAAGACAACUUCUAAGGAUAGUUCUUCUCCCUCACAAAUGAAAGGCGCGUCAACACUACGAAGUAGGGAAGACUUUGCCACAUGGCAACGGAUCAUCCGACUUGAUGCAGUACGUGCCAAUGCAGAAUGGAUGCCGUACUCUCCCUCUCAAGCUGUUGUUCCAGAAAGUAGGGCACAUCGAUCUGCUGAGGCUGUUGGCUUGAAGGAUUAUGGUCACCUAGAUGCUGGCAGAAUUUUUCAUGCUGCUAGAUUGGUUGCUAUUCUUGAAGCAUAUGCACUAUACGAUCCUGAAAUUGGCUACUGCCAGGGUAUGAGUGAUCUGUUAUCUCCUAUAAUUUGUGUUGUAUCAGAAGAUCACGAGGCAUUCUGGUGUUUUGUUGGAUUUAUGAAGAAGGCCAGGCAGAAUUUCAGGCUUGAUGAGGUGGGUAUUAGAAGGCAACUCGAUAUAGUUGCAAAAAUAAUCAAGUUUAAGGAUUCCCACCUGUUUAGGCAUUUGGAGAAGCUCCAGGCCGAGGAUUGUUUUUUUGUUUACAGGAUGGUGGUGGUAUUGUUCAGAAGGGAGUUGACAUUUGAACAGACUCUCUGCCUUUGGGAAGUAAUGUGGGCAGAUCAAGCAGCAAUCAGAGCUGGUAUAGGGAAAUCCCCCUGGAGCAGAAUUAGGCAGCGUGCUCCACCAACAGACGAUUUAUUGCUUUUUGCAAUAGCAGCCUCAGUGUUACAAAGAAGGAAAUUGAUCCUUGAGAAGUAUAGCAGCAUGGACGAUAUCCUUAAGGAAUGCAAUGGCAUGGCAGGACACCUUGAUGUUUGGAAGCUUCUGGAUGAUGCCCAUAACUUGGUGGUCACCCUUCAUGAUAAAAUGAAGAUAGAGGCAUCAUUCCAAUGACUGCAGUUGAUACGUAAACUACUAUAUUAUAUUGUUGUUGAAAGAUCUUUACUUACAGACUGCUGGAUUUCUCCUCCGCGUCUGAAAAUAAGCACUGCAAAGGGCGGGUUUAUUAAAACGAAUCUCGGUGCUUGCUAAACUUUCCACUGCUUAUUUAUGAUCUUUAGUUUCGAUAGUGUUGUGUCUUAAAAGGGGAUUGAAGUUAGUUAGGUUUUAUACCAUGUUUAUUUCUUUUUUUUUUUCUUUUGGCUCCAUCCUUUUCUUCCUUUUAAUUUCAACUCUGAUUUGAGACCCAUUUCGGAGUGAGUACCUUUGCCUGAAGCAGGUGGGUAGGUGCAUGUAACAGUUAUUAGAAGAGACUGAGAUUUCCUCGACAAUUACAAUUGUUGUCCUUUUUGACUGAAUCUGAACUCACCAAUCCUUUGACUCUUCAUGAUGCUGACUGAGUAAGCAUAUCAAGUGGAGUUUAUUUAA